AUGCAAUUAGCACCCAAGGAGGUAUGUUCUACCCAUCCGGCACUACUCUCACGAUACCGACACAUACGCAACAUCAUCUGGAGGCCUUUGAACUAUACUCAAUUACUCAGGACGGCCGCUGACAGCACUCUUGCGAAAAGAUAGAUAAGCUCCUCAUCUCCCAAGUCGGCCAACUCGCCCAACGACGUCUCGCUCGCGGUGUGCGCCUCAACCAUACCGAAUCCCUUGCCCUCAUUGCCAGUGUCCUCCACGAAUUGAUUCGCGAUGGAGACCAUACUGUUGCGGAUCUCAUGUCUCUCGGCACCACUCUGCUGGGAAGGCGACAUGUCCUUCCAAGCGUGCCACAUAGUCUGACAGAAAUGAUGGUCGAAGGGACGUUCAGGAAUGGCACAUACUUGGUAACAAUCCAUAAUCCAAUUGCUACCGAUGACGGCAAUUUGGAAAGAGCGCUGUAUGGGAGUUUUCUUCCGAUUCCGGGGCUUGAGAAAUUUCCAUGGCCGCCUGCGGAAGGAUUGGAGGCUUGGGAAGAGGUGAAGAUGCCUGGCGCAGUUGUUGCGGUGAGGGGAGAGAGUGGGAAGCUGAGGUUGAAUGAGGGGAGGAGGAGGAUACGAUUGAAAGUUACAAGUAAGGGAGAUCGACCGAUCCAGGUGGGGAGUCAUUACCAUUUCAUCGAGACGAAUCCGAAAUUGGAAUUUGAUCGGAUGAAGAGUCGGGGCAUGCGAUUGGAUGUUGCCGCGGGGACGAGUGUGAGGUUUGAGCCGGGGGAUAGUAGGACUGUUACGCUCGUGGAAAUCGCUGGGAAGCAGAUUAUUGCUGGAGGGAAUGACAUUGCUCCUGGACAUAUUCACGAUGCCGGUGUUACGGAUAUGAUAUUGCAGCGGUUGCAGAGUGGUGGGUUCUUGCAUAAGGAAGAGCCUGGGGUGGAUAUGGUGAUGGAGGGCCUUACGAUGGAGAGGGAGAGUUAUAUUGCCAUGUUUGGGCCUACGGUGGGCGAUAGGGUGAGAUUGGGACCUACGGAUCUUUGGAUCAAAGUAGAGAGGGACAUGACGGUCUAUGGCGAUGAGUGUUCUUUUGGAGGAGGAAAGACGAUUCGCGAUGGCAUGGGACAGGCUUCGGGACGGUCCACGAAGGAGUGUCUUGAUACGGUCAUUACGAAUGCUUUGAUUGUGGAUUACACUGGAAUCUACAAGGCCGAUAUUGGAGUUAAGGAUGGCUUGAUUGUGGGUAUCGGCAAAGCUGGAAAUCCCGAUGUCAUGGCUGGAGUGGAUCCCAGUUUGGUCGUUGGGGUGCAUACAGAGGUCAUUGCAGGCGAACAUAAGAUUGUCACGGCUGGAGGGUUUGAUUCACACAUUCAUUUCAUUUGCCCGCAGCAGGCCUAUGAGGCUAUUGCGAGUGGUAUUACGACUUUCCUCGGCGGUGGCACGGGACCCAGCACGAGUACGAAUGCGACGACCUGUACGCCGAGUCCGAACAUGAUCAAGUGGAUGCUACAGGCUUCGGAUGAGUUGCCUGUGAAUAUCGGUAUUACGGGUAAGGGGAACGAUGCUGAUCCGGCUGGUCUGCGAGAGCAGGCUGAAGCUGGAGCUUGUGGAUUGAAACUUCAUGAAGAUUGGGGGACUACGCCGAAAGCUAUUGACAGUUGCCUGCAGGUGUGCGAUGAGUAUGAUAUUCAGUGUUUGAUUCACACGGAUACACUGAACGAGUCUGGGUUCGUGGAGACUACUGUCGCGGCCUUCAAAGGGAGGACUAUCCAUACCUACCACACCGAAGGCGCUGGCGGAGGACAUGCUCCAGACAUCAUCUCUGUCGUGGAACAUCCCUACGUUCUACCUUCCUCUACCAAUCCAACGAGGCCCUACACGGGUAAUACACUGGACGAACAUCUGGACAUGCUCAUGGUCUGCCACCAUCUCUCCCGCAACAUCCCUGAAGACGUCGCCUUCGCGGAAUCCCGCAUCCGCGCGGAAACCAUCGCGGCCGAAGACGUCCUGCACGACCUCGGAGCCAUCAGCAUGAUGUCCUCCGACUCCCAAGCCAUGGGCCGCUGCGGCGAGGUCAUCCUGCGAACCUGGAACACAGCACACAAAAACAAAGUCCAACGUGGCUUCCUCCCCGAAGACGAGGGCACCGAAGCCGACAAUUUCCGCGUCAAACGCUACGUGAGCAAAUACACCAUCAACCCCGCCAUCGCCCAGGGAAUGUCGCACCUCAUCGGCUCCAUCGAACCCGGAAAAUUCGCCGACCUUGUCCUCUGGGAUCCGGCCAAUUUCGGCGCCAAACCCGCUCAAGUUCUCAAGGGAGGAAUGAUUAGCUGGAGUCAGAUGGGGGAUCCAAACGCUUCGAUCCCGACUGUGGAACCGGUGAUUAUGAGGCCGAUGUUUGGAGCCAUGUGUCCCUCGCGGAGUGUGAGUUGGGUCAGUAGAGCGAGCGUCGAAAACGGAGUGGUGAAAGGGUAUGGGUUGAAGAAGAGGGUGGAAAGUGUGAGCAAGUGUCGGGAAAUUGGAAAGGGGGAUAUGAAAUUCAAUGGGGUGAUGCCGAAGAUGAGGGUUGAUCCUGAGAGAUAUGUGAGUUUCUUUUUCUUUUUCUCCCUUGCUGAUGUGGUGAUGAUGAGCUUCGCUGACUUUUUCUGGGAUAGGUUGUCGAGGCUGAUGGCAUGGUUUGUAAGGCUGAGCCAGCUGUUACGCUGCCUCUUUCUCAGGGGUAUUUUGUCUAUUAA